AUGCGGCAUAGCCUGACCAAGCUCCUGGCGGCCUCGGGCACGGACUCCCCGACUCGCAGCGCGAGCCCCGCGCCGGCCGCGGCCUGCUCGUUGUCUCCGGACCUGAGCCGGGCGGAGGAGGAGGAGGAGACGGCGGCGGCGGCCGGAUCUCCCGGCCGCAGGCAGCCGCACGGCGACGAGGACGAGGUGGAGGCCGGAAGGGGGAGCCGCGGCGGCGUGGCCGUGCGCGCGCCUUCCCCCGAGGAGAUGGAGGAGGAGGCGAUCGCCAGCGUCCCGGGGGAGGAGUCGGAGGACAUGGACUUUCUGUCCGGCCUGGAACUGGCCGAUCUGCUGGACCCUCGACAGCCAGACUGGCAUCUGGAACCCGGGCUCAGCUCGCCGGGGCCGCUCUCGUCGUCAGGCGGCGGGUCGGACAGCGGUGGCCUCUGGAGAGGGGACGAUGACGACGAAGCCGCGGCUGCCGAAAUGCAGCGCUUUUCCGAUCUGCUGCAGAAGUUGCUAAACGGCAUCGGGGGUUGCAGCAGCGACGGCAGCAGCGGAGAAAAGCGGCGGCGAAAGUCCCCUGGCGGCGGCGGCGGCUGCAGCGGCGGCGGCAACGACAACCACCAGGCGGCGACCAAGAGUCCGCGGAAGGCGGCGGCGGCCGCUGCCCGCCUCAACCGGCUGAAGAAGAAGGAGUACGUGAUGGGGCUGGAGAGCCGCGUCCGGGGCCUGGCAGCCGAGAACCAGGAGCUGCGGGCCGAGAAUCGGGAGCUGGGCAAGCGCGUGCAAGCACUGCAGGAGGAGAGUCGCUACCUACGGGCCGUGCUGGCCAACGAGACGGGACUGGCGCGCCUGCUGAGCCGGCUGAGCGGCGUGGGACUGCGGCUGACCACUUCGCUCUUCAGGGACUCGCCCGCCGGCGACCACGACUACGCGCUGCCGGUGGGCAAGCAGCAGCAGGACCUGCUCGAAGAGGACGACUCGGCGGGAGGAGUGUGUCUCCAUGUGGACAAGGAUAAGGUGUCGGUGGAGUUCUGCUCGGCGUGCGCCCGGAAGGCGUCGUCUUCUCUUAAAAUGUAG